GUUUGGCUUCGGGGCGGGAGAGCGGCGGGGGCCGGGCCAGGCAGCGCCGCUGUCGCCCCGGCACUGAGCGCUCGCUCGCACCGGAGGCAGCGCCGCCCGCCCGUGGCCCCGGAGGUGCCGAGAGAUGGAUUUGCUCUUAAGUAAAGCUGUGCAAAAACUGGGAAGUGCCACAUCAGAGCUUUUGAAUUUGGACCACUUCCAGUCCUGACAUUCAGAAACUCAUCCCUAUGGGUGGCAAAGACAAAGAGGCUGGAUGCAAAGGAGGAAGCAUGGUAAAGGCAGCAUCUUUCCAGGAUUCAUGGGCUCUUUGAGAGAUGAUCAGAGGGAGGCCAGAUGACCUGCACAACACACACACCACAGUUUCUCGUCUGCAAAGGCAGCAUCGGAGCGUUCUCCCCAGCCCCGCGCCACCCGGCUUGCCCGAUCGUUUCCGGAUGUUUCGCAGCUGCGAGUGGGAAGUCCUUGAGCGAUCCCUCAACAUCCUCCAGGCCAGUGACUUCUACUGGGGCCCCUUGUCUGUGGGGGAGGCUCACGCCAAGCUCCAGCGAGAGCCUGUAGGCACCUAUUUGGUGCGGGACAGCUCGCAGGGGAACUGCUUGUUCAGCCUGAGCGUGCGGAUGCCCACGGGGCCCGUCAGCCUUCGGAUCUCUUUCCAGGAGGGCUAUUUCCGCCUCAAGAACUGGUUUUCAGACUGUGUGGUCCGCCUGCUGGAGCUGGUGGUGGCGGGGACCCGGAACAAUCCCUUGCACUUUGAUGAGAUGGGGGGAACUCCCCUGGUUUUCUCUGAGCCCUUGUGCCGGAGCCGCCGGGCAGUGCCCACGCUGCGGGAAUUGUGCUGCCGGAGCCUCCCUGCUGGUGCCACGACGGAUGACAGAGCAGGGCUGGGGGGCUCCUUAGGAAUGUGUCUGAGGGAAGAGGUGUUCUCACCCCUGGACAGAAGGGGAGGGUCAGAGGGGAGCGUUGGCCCCAGCCCCUCUCUGUCCUGGGCUAGGAGAUGAUGCCAUGCCUAUGGGAGAUGAAAGGAGAUGCCUCUUUUGUGGCUGUGCUGGUGGGAUGUGUGCCGCACCAGUGAUGCUGGACUGGCUGCUGGGAGAGGAAGGGGGAGGGCAGAGGGAGCAGAGCUUGAACCCAGUGGCUGUGACAGAUGUGUCCUCAUACAUACUCAGUGAGUGUGACUUUCCCAGACGUGCCUGGGAUAAAGCCAGACCUAAAGAGCAGACAUUGCCACUGCCACCAAAUCCUGCCCUUUGUUCCAUUUAUAACUUAAAAGCUCCAGAAAAAGGUGAGUUGCCUGUCCUCCCAGGUCAGCCCUGUGUUCUUUUCUACCCCAAAGUGCUUGAGCUCAUUUCUGCCUCAAAUCUGCCCUGGUGGAGUGCAGCUGAGUCCAGUCCCACAGCAGUGCAGCUUGGACAUCAAUGGACAUGACCCUUGUGCUGACCCACGAAGCUGUGGUGGAGCAAGAGCACGUUUCACUCCUUGCAGCACGAAUGUGACGCCUGUUACUUCAUAGGCCCGUGUUUGCACCGAGUGGAACCACUGCAGCCGUGUACGAUGCAUGCAGCUUCACUGGCUUUUGCAUUGCUUUAUUCGAUUGGAUUUUUGAGAGUGAAGAUGGGUUAUGCUGUACUCAAGGGCAUGGCAUUCCUGAAGAGAUAACCCUGGUCUGGAGAGUUGUGUCUGACCUGGGAGGGUGUGAAGAGAUGGGAUCCUGCACCCUUCCUUAAGCUCAUGUGGUA